AUGAUUUACGAGAGAAGCAUAUGGCAAGCAAUUUUAGAGGAGAUGAGCGUUUUCUGUUUCUGGUUAAAAAGAAAAAAAAACCGGGCCCGUUCUUUUAAUAACGAUUGUCAUUUUACUAUUUUCUCUCUCUCUCUCUUCUCUCUCUCUCUCUCUCUCUCUCUCUCUCUCUCUGAUCUAUUAUCUAUCUAUCUAUCUAUCUAUAGAUUAUCUAUAUCUAUGCAUUUAAAAAAAAAAGAAGAAAAAACACCUUCAGAUUUUCUCAAGAAGACAUAUCUGGUCAAUUACGAAACAUCAAACAAAACAAUCUCUUGCCUUCAAACUGUCCUGACGGCAAUUGAGAAUUGUUGUGUGUUGAAUUUACCCGGAUCUCUCUCUCUCUCUGUCUUUCUCUCUAUAUAUCUUUCUCUCUCUCUCACACUUUUUAUCUCUCUCUCUUUCUCUCUCUGUCUCUUUCUCUUUCUCUCUUUUUUUCUCUCUCUGUUUUUUCUCUUUCUCUCUCUCUCUCCUUCUUUUUCUUUCAAAUUAGAAUUUGAACAAGGCUUUUUUCUUUUUUUUUUUUUGCUUUUUUUUUUUUUUUUUUCCCUUUUUUCUCUUUUUUUCUUUUUUUUUUUUUUUUUUCUUUCUUUCUUUUCUUUCUUUUUCUCUUUUUUUUUUUUUUUUUUUUCUUUUCUUUCUUUUUUUCUUUUCUCUCUCUCUUUUUCUUUCUUUCUUUUCUCUUUCUUUCUUUUCUUUUUUUUCUUUUUCUCUCUUUUCUUUUCUUUUUCUUUUCUCUCUCUUUUCUUCUUUUUUUUCUCUCUCUUUUCUUUUUUUUUCUUUUUCUCUCUUUCUUUCUUUUUCUUUUUUCUCUCUUUUUUUUUUUUUUUUUCUCUCUUUUCUUUUCUUUUCUUUUCUCUCUCUUUUCUUUCUUUUUUCUUUUCUCUCUCUUUUCUUUCUUUUUUCUUUUCUCUCUCUUUUCUUUCUUUUUUCUUUUCUCUCUCUUUUCUUUCUUUUUUCUUUUCUCUCUCUUUUCUUUCUUUUUUUUCUUUUCUCUUUUUUCUUUCUUUUUUCUUUUCUCUCUCUUUUCUUUUUUUUUUUUCUCUCUUUUUUCUUUUUUUUUUUUUCUCUUUUUCUUUCUUUUUCUUUUCUCUCUCUUUUUUUUCUUUUCUUUUCUCUCUUUUCUUUUCUUUUUUUUUUCUCUCUCUUUCUUUUUCUCUCUUUUUUUCUUUUUUCUUUUCUCUUUUUCUCUCUUUUUCUUUUCUUUUCUCUUUUUUCUCUCUUUUUUCCUUCUUUUUCUUUUUCUCUCUCUUUUUUUCUCCUCUCACUGCUUAUGAACACAGAAGUAAGAAAGAGUCACUAUCAGCCACUCAGAAAUUUUGA